UAAAUACGAACGUACGACCGACUUGGAUGGAUGGUCACCGAUGGAUGGAUCCUCACGCGUCGUCGACGGGACCUCCUCACAACGACCGAGCGUCACAAUUAUUAUUCGCCACAACGACGACCACGACCGCGACGUCGACGAUUCUCAUUACGUUUCUUUCACGCGGUCGUUUUUCUUACGCGAUUUCACCACUUGGACCACGAUAUAUUCGCGUCGAUAAGAGAGGCAGGUUUGUCGAGAGUGACGAGGAAUAUAAUGGAAGGAUCGUCGAGGAGAAAGAGAAAGGGAGAGAGAGAGAGAGAGAGAGAGGAAAUGUCGUUGAUCCGAAUCACACCGAAUAUGCGGAGAGAGUAUGGUGUUUCGAGGAUGGACAGGACCACGCACCAGGGUCCAGGGUAAAUGAUAAAAAGGACGAUCUCUGUCGUGGGAGGAUCGUGGUGGUGGUGGUGAUGAUGAUGAUGGUGUGGUGGUGGUGGUGGUGGUGGUCGGCUGUCGAACAGGAUCAACUAGGCACAGGACACGAUGGCCCGGCCACUGCGCCGGCACUGAGGCUACGCCGCAGCCUCGCUCUCCUGCUACUCCCUCCCCUCUCCCCUCUCCCUUCUCCUUUUCACUGUCUGUCUCUGUCUCGCUCUCUCUCUCUCGCCUCAUCCACCUUCUUCUCGCCACCUCUCCAACCACCCUCUACGCGUCUGCCUCUCUUCUGUUGCACACCUCCCCCCGCUCUACCCGCUACUCGCUCUCUCUUUUCGGCUCUCCGCCUCCCCUCCCUCUUCCCGAUACGCGCCUUCUCGCUUCUUCUCACCCGACCAUCCUCGUCCUUCCUACGUGGACGCAGUUCUACCCCUCCCCUCCUGCAUCUCUUUCGACGCUUCUCUCUCUCUCUCUCUUUUUCUCUCGAUCCGUGUUUUCGAACGCACGCGCGCCCUAACUCUUCUUCUUUUUCUUCUUCUUCUUCUUCUUCUUCUUCUUUUAGUCCUUCGCUUCUCCGACCGUUACUUCGUUCGAACCAUACUUUUCUUCUCCGCGCAACGCUCGCUAUGCUUGUUCUUCCAUCUUCUCACUUUUUUCUUCCAUCGCCUAUCUCCUCUCUUGCAACCGUUGUGCUCGUUUUCAAUUUUUCACUUCAACAAGAGUCGUGGCAUAUGAGGUUUUGGGAAAUUUCAAAGAAGCAUUUUGGAGGCUAA